AGUCAACUGCAAGAAGCUUUUUGAGGAUCUCUUCCAGAAUUGCCCAACCCUGAAUAAUAGCAUUCUUUUUGUUUAUGAAUCUUCAAUUUAUAUUUUAAAUUUGUACAUUUUUAUUACAAUAUGCCAUAUAAAUACAUUGGUCGUACAACUGACUUUAAAGGAAAAACUUUAUGGGAGAUUUUAGGUAAUUUAAAAAAUUUUGGUAUUGGAAGAAUAGUUGCUCGAAACAGAUUUCAAAGAUAUUCAGAACCAUGCUAUAAUAAAAUUUUGAAAACAGAAGUUUUACAGAAUCCUAAACCUUCAUAUGAUGAACAACGUAAAGUUAUAGUUUUAGUGGAAAAUAUAUUUCGAAACUUGAAAAACAAUCAGCCUGUUCAAAUAGAAUCAGCAUCUUAUAAAACAGAUUAUUUUCUUGUACCUAAAUAUAAAGAAUAUGAAUUUUGUAAAAGUUUUUCAUAUCCUAUAAAAAUUUUUCCUCAUUCAAUGGAACUACCACCUCUUCUAAAGGAAAUAAUACUAAAAGAAAUGUCAGAAAAUACUUUUAAUGCAGAAGAAUUGAAAAUGAAAAUUGUGUACAAUCUUACUGGAUUUAAUAAAAGUUAUCAAGUAGCCACAAAAAGUGAAGUUCCUACAGAACAAUUUAAUAUAGGUUUAGGAAGUCCAAUUGCACCUAGAUUGUAUGAAAAUAUAGUUUGAAGAGAUGUAACUAUUUUAUAAUAUCUAAUCUUCUGUAAAACAUUUACUAUUAAAUUUAUUGUAUUAAUUUAUUGUAUUAAUUAUUGUGAAAAAAUAUACAAAAACUUUUCGUUGGAAUUUGUAUGGUACUAUAUGAAAUAAAUCAG